GCGCGGUGCGGGGCCUGCUGGGAGCAUGGCGGCCGAGAAGCCGUGCGAGGCGCUGCCGCCGGCGCCCGGCGGGCUCGGGGCGGGGCCGGGGGGCGGCCUGUGCCGCCGCUGCAGCGCGGGCGUCGGCGCGGCCAAGUGGGUCCGGCUCAACGUGGGCGGCACCUACUUCCUCACCACCCGGCAGACGCUGUGCCGGGACCCCCGCUCCUUCCUCUACCGCUUAUGCCAGGCCGACCCCGACCUGGACUCGGACAAGGACGAGACAGGCGCCUACCUGAUCGACAGAGACCCCACGUACUUCGGGCCCGUGCUCAACUACCUGCGGCACGGCAAGCUGGUCAUCAACAAGGACCUGGCCGAGGAAGGGGUGUUGGAGGAAGCAGAGUUUUACAACAUUACCUCACUCAUCAAACUCGUAAAGGACAAGAUUAGAGAGCGGGAGAGCAAAACGACACAGGUGCCGGCCAAGCACGUGUACCGCGUGCUGCAGUGCCAGGAGGAGGAGCUCACUCAGAUGGUGUCCACCAUGUCUGAUGGCUGGAGGUUUGAGCAGCUGGUCAGCAUUGGCUCCUCCUACAACUACGGCAGUGAGGACCAGGCCGAGUUCCUGUGCGUGGUCUCCAAGGAGCUGCACAACGCCCCCUAUGGCGCCCCCAGCGAGCCCAGCGAGAAGGCCAAGAUCCUGCAGGAGCGGGGCUCAAGGAUGUGAGGCCGCGGCCGUGGCGGACGACGUUCGCCUCUUCCUGAGAUUCAGAGCCACCAUGCCCGGUGGGCCCUGGGAAACCACGCGCACUCGGCUGGAGUGGGGAGCCGCGGCUGGCCACAGGCUGACAGACCUUGACCCCCAAAGGUCGCCCCGGACAGCGUUCUUGGUGCUACAUCCACAGUCCAUGGCAAAGCGACGCUGGCCAGGCCUGCUCUGCUCUGGUCGGGCUGCUGCGGGAGGCCCGUCAUCUCGGCUCGUCUCUCCCGGUUGAGAGACCCCCGUCCCUCUCCCGUCUCCUGCAAGUGUUGCUGCGUGGGGGGCCGGGUCUGCCCGCGGGGGGCCAGCACCUGUGCCUUGCUCGGGGGCCGGGGGUCCCCUCAGCGCCCUGUAGCUAUGCACUCCUCUCUGGGCGCGGGGCUACCCACUGACCGGCGAAGCCCCGCUCCCUGGGGUUCUCCAUACGCAGACCCGCAGCCGCCUGUCAUGACCCCCACCUUCCAGAGACUUCUGCCUCUGCCAGUAACCCGACCAGGACUCGCUCUGCCUCCUGGGAGGUGGCAGCUGCUGUUAAGCCUUGGGCCCCGGUUUCGGAAGCUUCUCGGGGGGCACAUUACCCCGCACCCCCGCCAAAGGCGGCCCUGGGGCCGUGGGCACUGCUGGCCUCCGAGGCUGUUGUUGGCAACCUGACAAAAUAGAUAGGCUUGUGGUUGUUUUUUUUUUUAAUUUAAAGAUAUUAAAACUUAAUUCACUAAGAUCUACUCCAAGGGGAUAUUUAUACUUUUAUACUUUUUUAGGUAUCCGUAUUUUAUCAGCUUACAGUUUAAUGCCUAAGUUUCCCCUGAAAAUAGCAAAUAAAAUUGUGUAUUUAUGAA